CAGGGAACUCCUGGCGGCUGCUUCAGCAGAUCUCACUGAGCAUGUUCAUAUCACUCCAGCAUGCUCAACAGCCAGCAAAGUUGCCAGCUGGGGAAAGCAGGAAGAGUUUGUCACACUGAUCAGUAUUGCGCUGAUGGGAAUGCCCUGAGGCUCCUGGAACCGCUGAGACGUUUCUCCCAGACACGUGAGGCGAAAACGGACGCCGAGAGGCAGAAGAUUGUAUCUGUAUUCACGCAGCUGCGCCAGUUUCUGGAGGACAAAGAGCGACUCCCGCUGGCCCAGUUGGAAAAGUUGGACAAGGAGAUUAGGAAGAGCCAGGAUGAAAACGCCACCAGAGUGACCAAGGAGAUACCACGUCUCAGAGAGCUGAUUGGCGAGAUGGAGGAGACGUGCCGGCAGCCAGCCAGCAAAUUCCUGCAGGACAUCAGAAGCACCUUGAGCAGGUGUGAGAAGGGGAAGUUCCAGCAGCCAGUGGAGAAGUCUUUGGAGCUGGAAAAAAGACUCGGAGAGUUGUCUCAGAAUAAUAUUGCUCUAACGGAAAUUCUGAAGAAGUUCAAAGACACUCUGCCAUCUGAACUGGAGAAAAGAAGAAGGGAAUCCCUAGGAUCGCACAGAUGGGUGAAUAUGACUUUGGAUCCGGACAUGGCUCAUCCCGAACUCAUCAUGUCGGAGGAUUGCAAAAGUGUGAGAUGGGGAUUCACAGAGGAGGAUCUAACCGACAAUCCGGAGUGAUUUGACAUUUUGCCCUGUGUGCUGGGCUGUGCGGGAUUCACCGCGGGGAGAUAUUGCUGGGAGGUGGAAGUGGGCGAUACUGGGCAGUGGGGGUGGCCAGAGAGUCUGUGAGGAGGAAGGGAUGGAUCAGCCAUAGCCCUAAGGAGGGGAUCUGGGCUGUGGAGUGGUGUGGAGAUCAAUACCAGGCUCUUAUGUCCCCUGAGACCCCCCUGCCCCUGAGCCAGGUCCCCAGCAGGAUCCGGGUUUCUCUGGACUGUGAACAGGGGCAGGUGACAUUUUUUGAUGCUGAGAACCAGGGUCCGAUCACUUUCCCGUCCGCCUCUUUCCCUGGGGGGAGAAUCCAACCCUGGCUCUGGAGGGGGAGAUCCCAGCUCAGAAUGUGGCCCUAAGACACAAAGGGGAAAUAUCCCCCCCACCCGGGGACCCUGAAAUCAGCCUCUCUAGCCUCAGAUGUCCUCAUCUCCAUGACCUCAGCACCUCCGUGAGGGACAAUAGAUCAUCAAACUAUUGAGAGGAAGCAGCGAUGGAGAUGGAGAUGGAGAUGGAGAUGUCAGUUUUUCCCCCUAUGGACUGUGUAGCCUAUUUCUCGCUGUCCUCCAUAGUCAGGAAGACUCUGGGAUCCCAGCUCAGACAUUGAGACACUGGGGAAUAGCCCACCAGGAAUUAAAAGAUGGGUUUCUUUAGCCACCAUCAUCCUAGUCUCCAUGACCUUGGAGGACUCCUGUCUCCCCAUUCUCCUGGCCCCUCCUAUCUCUCACCCCCUGGAAGCUCAUCCCUCUCCUUGCCAGCACUAGGAGUGGGAAGAGGGUGGGUGAAGAACCACUGAAGCUGCAGGAAGUGCAGAGGGGCCCUGAGGGACAGGGGCCGAUGUGGAGGUUGCAAGGCAGUGUGGGGCAGAAUUGCAUGAGUGCAAACCUCAAGAGAUCAACAAUUGUGAGA